AUGGCUGGAGAUUCUCUGCACCCUCCUGGGAUGUCUCCGCAGCUGUUAGUGGUUCUUGCCUGCCCGCUUCUGACUUGUUGCGCACUGAGGGGACAGGUACCCUUGAGUGGGAACGCAUCCCACUGGGAGCUCUACCUCCCUUCCUGGGGAGCACUUGAUGAUGGUAGCCACCAGAAUGCUCGCAUCAUGAUCGCCAACCCUGGGUUGCAGGUGCCUCAGGGCCGCUCGGUUUGGCUCGACCCACUGCGGGACUUGGUGAUUCAAGUGCAGCCAGGGGACCAGUGCGAGGUGACAGUGCUGGAAAUCCCUGGGCUCCAAGGCGCACUCUCCCCGCGCCACUUUCCCUGCGACUUCGGGGCCCACCAGGUCAGGUACACUCACUUCGGCUCGUCCAGUGCCACAUGCUCUCGGGUGCAGCUGCAGCUGCGAUACAAAGCAGGAAAUUCCACGCUGGUACUGCCUUUCACUCUGGAUGUGAACGUGGUCUUCCAGCUAGUGAUGCGCAACAGGCCUUUGAAGGUGUUUAAAUUGCGAGGCUGCAGCCAUGCCAUUGACAGGAGGGUGCUAGACUUUGCCUCCAGGAGUAGACUCACCUUGCUUCCUCACCCUGGCGGUCUACUCCCCAAGUAUGGGCACUUGGUGGACGCCACUGGGACCCCUCUCUCCAGGGGCCAUCUGGUUGACUGCGAGGCUUUUAUCCGGGCUGGGGUGCGCUACCAGCACACUGCCACUCCAUCCUCACCCAGCAGGGACUAUGUGCCUAUGAUAGUAGAACUUCUAGAGCCAGAGCCCCAAAGUACUGUGUCAGUGGAGGUGCUAGACCAGGAGUACUUGCAGCUGCAAGUCAGAAUCCAGAAGGGAGCCAGGAGCACAGCACCCAGGCCCAGUUUCGGGGCUCUAAUGAUGGUGGAAGUUGAUCAGUCCCUACUUACAGCCCUGACUCUUGAUGCACUGGCUGCAGAUGACCACGAAUCAGAUCCGGACAACCUAGUCUUCAACAUCCUCAAUGCCCCUCGGGCCCCACCUGGACACCAAGGUCCGCAGGGCUACGUGGUGAACAGAGAUGACCCCCGGGGCCUUCCGGUCUCCUUCUUCACCCAGAAGGAGCUGCAGGAGCUGAAAAUUGCCUAUCAACCUCCCACAGGGAGCUCAGAAGGGGACUACAUCUUCCAGCUAGAACUACAGGUGGUGGAUGGAGAUGGCGACACCUCUGACCCUUUGGCCUUCAUGGUGGUGGUGAAGUCUACCAAUGCCCUGGCUCCGAUGACUAGCUACAACGGAGGACUUCCGGUUUUUGAAGGCCAGGCAAGGCCCCUGCCCAAUGGCCAAAGCUUUCAGGUCAGUGAUAAAGAUAAUUCAGAAGAAGUAAGAAUUGCUGCAGUAAGAGGCUUGCAACAUGGACAGCUGGUGGUGCUCGGGGCACCUGAGGAGUGUAAGUAUUUCACACCAGCAGACCUAAGUGCAGGGCGCGUGGUGGGCCAGCAUGAUGGCAGUGACUCUUACAGAAACAGCGUGGUCUUCAGGAUGGAGGACGGGCAGCAUCAGGUGGAUUUUCUCUUCCCCAUCACCAUCGUGCCUGUAGACAAUGAGCCACCUGUGGUCACUACCAGUUUAGGACUCUCAGUGACUGAAGGACAGGUGGUCCAGAUAUCCCCCUUUGUCUUGAGUGCCACAGAUGUUGAUUCCGAGGACUCAACUAUACUCUUUGUGUUGGAAGACCAACUUCUGGAAGGAAAACAGGAAGAGAGGAGUGGGGAUCGGGCUCCUGAUUGCGACAACUCAAGCCAGCCCUCCAGCAACAUGCUGUUAAGGCAGGCUGAACCCCCUUUGUCCCUUCUGCAGAGUGACGGGCACUAUGUGGAAAGGGAGGGUCUUUAUGAGAAGGUGGGGACUGAGUGGCUACAGAAGGACAUAAUGGAAGGGAGACUUUUCUUCUCCCAUGCUGGACCAUACAUUUCUCAAUCUAUAGUAGCCCAUCUGGCUUUCCAUGUGCAAGAUGACCAUGACCCACCAAAUCUCUCCAAACAGCACUUCUUCACCACCAGUAUCCAGCCUGCAGAUAGGCUGAGUCCUCAGUUGUAUCCAGGAACUACCCUAGAAAUGACUGUGCAAGGAUACCAGCUCACUUGCUUCCGAAGAAAUUCAGAUGACCAGAACCUGUGGUACACCCUACUGACACCACCAACUGACACUGACCAACCACCAAGUCCAGACUGGAGAAAUGUGCUCACUGAUUCACCAAAUAGACCCAUUACUCAUUUCACCCAGGCCCAGGUCAACCAUCAAAAAAUUGCUUAUCAACACCCCCCCCAGAAGAAUCUGGGCAUUGUACCUCGGGUUGUGCGAUUCAGCUACCAGGUAGAAGAUGCUGCAGGCAAUGGUGUGCCAGGUACAUUCACGUUAUUCCUGCAGCCUUUGACCAACCAGCCACCAAACGUCGUCAACAGGGGCUUUGCUGUCUUCCAGGGAGGCAACUUUAUUCUCAGCAGCAGUGAACUUGAUGUUACAGACCCCGACACAGGUGUUGAUCAAAUUUUCUUCAUUUUAGUCUGGGGUCCCCAGCAUGGACACUUGCAGUACUUUAAAAAAUAUAUGGUUUCAGGGGACUCUUUCAUGCUAGCUGAUAUUAUUGAUGGGAACAUCUCUUAUCAGCACAGCAGAGACCAAACUACCAGUGACAUCUUCUACCUGGAGGUAAGUGAUGGGGCGCACCAUAUGCCCAUCACUGUCCGGAUUUCUGUGCAGCCCAUGGUGGCUGAUGAAAGUCCCGGGGUCUCUAUCACAGGCUCUCCAAUAUUGGCUAUUUCCAUAGAUGUGCUUGAUAAUGCAGCUACUGAGAUCACCAUGGAUGUUAAUCGUGGCAGAAAGGACACAAAGGAGUUAAUGCUAUCUUUUACUGUGGAGGACAAGCCUAAACUGGGCACUGUCCUGGUGAAUGGUCUUCCUGCAGAACAACUCACCCAGGAGGACCUCAUUGGUGGGGCAGUAACCUAUGCCCACACUGGAGGUGAAGUUGGCUUCCAAAAGGUACAUAAUGCUUUCAGCCUCAUCCUUGACAAAGAUUCUUAUCGCUGGCCCAUGGGGGACAACAUACUGGAGAGGGUGCUAGUGCAAGUGUCAGUGCUGCCAGUGGACAACAUGCUCCCCGAGGUCUUGGUGGGAGAGUCCUUCAUUGUGUAUGAAGGUGGGAAGGGCCUCUUGACCACACAACAUCUCAACAUUGAAGAUGUGGACACUCCCAAAGAUGAAAUCCUUUGCACUCUAACUGGUCAGCCAUCUGGCUACCUGGAAAACUCAGCACCAGCUCCUGGUUCAGAAGUGUCAUGGGUUGGCUGCCCCAUCGGUGCCUUCUCCUUCAAGGAUGUCCAAGUCGGGUGCAUCAAUUACGUACAGAGUAUCCACAAGGGGGUAGAACCAGAAACAGAUCAAUUCUCUUUUUAUUGCUCUGAUGGCAUCAAUUUCUCCCGAGAUGUCCUCCUCCCUCUGACCAUCUUGCCCACCAAUGACGAGCAGCCCAAACUUUUCACCCAUGAGUUUGUGUUAUUCAAGGGGAUGAGCCGGGUCAUAGACACCCCACUACUAAAUGGAGUUGAUGCCGACCUUCCACCAGAUAAGCUCCAUUUUUGACUCACCGUCCUCCCCUGGCAUGGACAAAUCACACAGCAGCUGGCCACAGGCAGCAAGCCCAUCCACAGCUUUACCUUGCAGGAGAUCCAGGAGGCCUCCUCCAUUGCCUAUGAACAUGAUGACUCAGAGAGCACAGAGGACAGCUUUGAGGUCUGGCUGAGUGGCGGCAGGCACACCGCUCACAAAAAGGUACCCAUCAUUGUAAUUUUGGUAGAUGAUGAGGCCCCUCAGCUGACCAUCAAUGAUGAAGUGGAAACUGGACAUGCCGAGAUCAUCACAAACCACAUGCUCAAAGCCAUAGAUCUUGACUCAGACAACAAGAGUCUCACUUUUGUUCUCCAUUCUGAGCCUCAACGGGGACUCCUACAAAGACUUAGGAAGCCAAGAGGAGAAGUGAGGAGCAACCUCACCGUGGGAAUGAAUUUCACCCAGGAUGAAAUUGACAGAGAACUUAUCUGUUAUACCCACACAGGCCAGGAGGGGGCUCUCAAAUUUGAUGUGACUGAUGGAGUUAACCCUUUGAGGGACCGCUAUUUCUAUAUCACCAUUGGUAACUCAAACAGCAUCCCCCCUGAGGCUGUCAGCAAAAGGCUCACCUUGACAGAAGAUGGCAGGGCGACCCUCACCACUGAACUGUUUAAUAUCAGUGAUAUCCACAGCCCUGGUGAGGAACUUCACUAUAACAUCACACAAGCUCCUAGCAUGGGCUACUUGGAAAGCUCUGACCAGCACGGAGAGCCCAUGGCUUCUUUUACUCACGUUCAACUGGCUGGCAACAAGAUAGCCUAUGUCCGCAUUUCAAAGGAUGAGAUAAAGAUGGAACACUUUGAGCUUAGAGUGACUGGCGGGCACAGCUCUGUGUUCAGAAUCUUCAGGAUAUUCGUCACAGAUGGGGACAAUAAGAAACCCACCUUGACCAUCCGAACACUGGCACUGCAAAGAGGGGACAGCACAGGGGUCACUCCUUUCCAGUUGGCAGUGGAAGAUGAGGACACUCCAGAUGACUUUAUUAUUUUUACCAUCACCCAGGCCCCCAUCCAUGGCAGGAUUCUGUAUAAUGGUAGUCGUCCUGUGACCACUUUCACCAAGAAGGACCUGACUGAGAACCUGAUUCUCUACUGUCAUGAUGGUAGUGAGGCAGCUGAUGACAGUCUCUCCUUCACUGUGACUGAUGGCACUCACACUGGGUUCUAUGUCUUCCCAGACACUGCCCUGGAGAUGCACGCACCUCAGAUAAUGUGGAUCCAGAUAAGUCCCCUUGGCAACUGGCUCCCACAGAUUGCCAUUAACAGGGGAGCCACAGCCUUGAAGGUCCUUCACACUGGACACCUGGGUUUCCUCAUUACUAACAAGUAUCUACAAGCAGACAAUCAGAAUGGUCCCCACAGACUCCUGAAGUAUAAAGUGACCAGAGGACCCGAGCAUGGCUACAUUGUCAACACUGGCACUGGAAACAAGAGUGCCCACAUGUUCACACAAGCUGACAUUGAUGAGCUGUGGGUCCACUACAUCCUGAACAAGGGCAGCAGAGCGACGGAGGACUCCUUCGACUUCUCUGUUGGAGCCAGAGGAGGAAACAAACUGACCAAUCAAGCUUUCCGUCUAAACUGGGCUUGGAUUUCUUUGGAAAGACAGUACUACAUUGUGGGAGACUCCACAUUCUUGGAAGUGACCCUCACAUGCAGGGGAUACCUUGGUAACACAUCCUUCAUCAGCAUUGAAACCAAAGAGGAGACCGCAAAAGAAAGUGAAGAUUUCAGAGGAACGGCUCCUAAACAGGUCCACUUCAGCCCCGGCCAGUCUACAGCCACGUGGAAGGUGGGACUUAUCCCCGACAAUAAGUAUGAGGCCUCAGAAUCUUUCCAAAUCAUCCUAUCAGAACCUGGCAUGGCUGCACUGGAGUUUCCAGAGACGGCAAUAGUUGAAAUUGUGGAUCCUGGAGAUGAAUCAACAGUUUACAUUCCAGAGGCAGAAUACAAACUAUCAGAGGCUGUUGGGGAGCUUCUGGUUCCUGUAAGACAAUCUGGAGACACGAGCCAGGAGCUUAUGGUCAUCUGCUCCACACGUCCAGGUUCUGCCACUGGCACGAUUCCUGCCAUGGAGUUAUCUUGGUCAGAUUAUGUCUCACGACCAGAAGACAACACCAGCAUGCUCGACUUUGAGAAGGGUGAGACAGAGAAGACCUGCCAGGUCCUGAUCAUCAAUGACUCCCUCUAUGAAGAAGAGGAGUCCUUUGGCAUUACAUUGAGCCGGCCAGGGGGAGGGCAGCUGGGAGCUAAAUUCCCCACCUCCGGGGUAACGAUCCUGGGUGACAGAGAGGAUGAGCCCGCCCUGCACUUGGGAGAUACAGAGUACCACGCUGAGGAAAGUGCUGUCUACGUGGAGGUGGCCAUCUGGAGAAGGGGCACUGCUUCUGUAGCGUCUUCCACCACUGUGAGCUCUAGGAAGACAGAGCAACAGCCCACAGAAGCUGGAACAGACUACAUUUUCGUCAGCCAAAAUCUGCAGAGAAUCCAAGUGACAAUCCUUGAUGACUGGGUUCAGCCUGCCUUUGAGUGUCCAGAGAAGUUUGAAUUACUUCUCCAGAUGCCUACAGGUACAGUGCUGGGAGAACCAAAUAAAACCACUAUUACCAUCAACGACAACACCGACUGCCAAGCAGAGUGCCUGUAG